UUCCAGAUAAGUAAAAGAAAAAAAUCAAGGCGAGUGCACCUCCGCAAUCAGCCACGCGGCUCAUACGGAGUACGCGACGUCAGUGUCGGUCUCGAGUCUCGAGUCAGUCAGUUUCUGAGUCUCUGAUUGUGAGUCAGUCACAGUCAGUCGUGGACGGUCAACGCGCGACAGUCGACGUGUGCGUCGUAAGAUCGUGCAUUGAAAUAUGUGAUUAACGGGCAGCGACAGCAGUAACGAGCCUUUGCCAAGCGAUUCCAUGAUCACGUCCGCGAGAAACGAUUUACCAGAGUGCUCAACCUUUCUCGACGGCAAGGUACAUCGAGCAUUUAAGAAAAUGUCGAUUCUGUCCCAACUAUCGCGCCGGUUUCACGACAUGUUGACGACAGACGCAAAACCAGAUCCGCCGCGGACUGGGAUCGGAAGUUACACGCACAAGUUUUCAUCGACCUCGGACGAAAAUUUGACGAAGACGCAGUCCAAGUCGACGCCUAUCACUCCGGAAGAAAAGGAGCGGGACGAUGUGACGUCGACGCGGAAUAAAAAAUCGACGCCGAACGGUGCGAGGCCAACGACACCCACCGAUUUCUGUACAAAAUCGGAAGACCCUGGUGACGCGAGGUCGAGAAGCGAGUCGAAAGAGUACAAACGGCCAAGGACCAAAACGAAACCGAAAUACAGCAAAUCUUCGAACAUCGUAAAUUACAAUAUAGUCAACUCCAAUGGAGUGAAGAUCGGCUCGCGCACGAGCUACAUAUGUAAUGUAAAUCAGUACCUGGCGAGCAGUAACGUCGCGCAAUCCGAGACAGCUUCGAAACCCAAGUAUCGACCAAUGCCCCAAAACGUGGAGGAGCUGAGCACGUGCAAGGAGGAGCUCAGGUUCGAUGACAUGUUUAUUAUUAAGACACAUGUUGGACACGGAUGGCGGGAUAUUGCGAGGAGACUCUCAUACUCCGACGGGCAGAUCGACCAGCUCGAGGAAAAUUAUAGGCAUAAGGGUAUCGAUGAGGUAAUCUAUCAGCUAUUGCUCGACUGGAAGCAAGCGAAUACACAGGAUGCCCAGCUAGGCACGUUAGUUAGUAUACUGUGGUCUUGUCAGGAGUACGACUGCUGCGAGCGAUUAGCCGCAGCUCGCGAGAAUUCAUCUUAGUUGAGCACGGCGUAUAAAAAAAUCUCUAUCUAAUGUCUGUAUAUACGUUUAAAUGACAAUUGUGAUUUUUUUUACUCUAGGUAGUAUUCCGUUUUUAUACAUAUCUUAGCACGUAGUUUACAGACACACGAUAUAUCGAUUGUGAUCACUUGUAUUCAUUUAACGUGUCGGAUUGGCCAGAAGAAUAUUACUAACUGGAUUUGAUUUGUAUUCAGUAUACGAUUUGGUACUGCACGAAGUCGCAAUGAGUUUGUGUUUCAAGUACAAUGUACAUGAUCGGGUUAAUAAUACGAGAACGUUAUGUACGAAUGUACCUGUAGCGUCACUUUGCGCGACACACACGUUUACACGUAAUAUGUAUGUACAUACACAGAUUUUUUUACAUUUAACUAUGAUCCAUUUGUAAAAUUUUUAUUUUGUAAAAUCUAGCAAAAAUAAACAUGUAAUUCUUCAAAGAAUAU